UCUUUGGCAGGUCACUUGUCUUUCAAUCUUUAUCAUUCGUCGGUCAUCGGAGCAAAACGACUGGGGGCGAAAAGUUCAGGUUCCAAAACACUUCCUGCAGGCAUUAACCUUGCCUAAGAGAUGGAAUCAGAUGAUAAACUCCGCUUAACCACCAACAGAGAUUAUCUGGUGCAGAACAUUCAAGCGGAUGAAAUAGUCGAUGGACUUCUUUCAGAACAAGUCCUCAAUGAAGAUGACGUGGAACGAAUCAACAAAAUGGAUACAAAUAGGAACAAAGUCCGAAAGAUUUUGGACACUUUGCCUAAAAAAGGACCUUAUGCGUAUGGUGCACUGAAGCAGGCACUCCGAGAAAAUCAAGAAUUCAUUGUUACGAAGCUGGAUGAGACUGAUGUAGAGGAAGCACGCAGGAAACAUGAUGCAGCUCGAGAUCAGAGGAAUAAUGACAAAAAUAAGGAGAAAUCUGCUGCUGUCAGCGGUUCUGCUGUAAAGGUCAGCCCAUCUGUAUUUCUCGACUUGGCUGACAAUGCCGCUGUCAUGUCGAAUUGGAAGGACUUAGCUCGACGACUAGGGCUGUCUGAAGGUGACAUCGUUGAUAUCAAAGCAAGGGAUCGAGAUAACCUGCGAGAACAGACAUACCAGAGUUUUAGUGUUUGGUAUGAAAGGAAGGGAGAAAAGGCUACGAUUGACUCACUUGUGAAUGGUCUGCGUAAAUGUAACUUGAAUGCAGCUGCUGAUUCGCUGAGCGGGAACUGAUGGACCAAGUGUCAAGAUGGUACUAUGUCUGUGAUAUUCUGAUGCUCAUGUCCAGUGAAUGAGACAUCAGCUACAAGUAUGCGAACCUGAUAGUGAUGUCUACAAGUAUUAUAUCCACUUCUACUUCAUUUAAAAAGAGAAAUGAAAUUACUUGUAACUAAGAUCAUGAGUAUCACCAAGCAUUUCAGCCUUAACUUCAUUUUGAGACGUACAGAGUCCCAAAGGAGUAUAUGUUUAUACCGGGUACUCAUUUAGAAAAGGAGAGGGUAAAGUAACAUCUUUGUGAAAGGCUCUAUCUUAAUGUGUUUUAAGCUGAAAUGGUAACUAUACAUGUUUCUAUGUACUAAUAAUUGGUUGGUUUAUAUCAGUGUUUUUCAUUAACUUCAUCAGAAAAUACCUCUGUCUUUCACUUAUUGUAAUACACGCAGCUAUACUUUAUAUCAGAUAUGUGAAGUCUUCAGGUAUAUUAUUCAAGAGCUCAAUGAACUGUUGUUCAGGACUCAUUGCAAAAAAUACCAAUACAUGAUACAGAAUCGAAAAAAUUCUCCCAAGAUAUCUAUGUGCUUUAUGUACCAAACCCUUUUGAACUAUGGAUUAUCUUGUGUACCAUUACCAAACUAAUGACAAAAGGUGACGCCUGAAUGAGAGUUCAGUUUUUCAUCUUGACCCAAUUAUACUUGACUGUUUGAUCUUGGCGACUCUUUCAAUUUUCAUAAUGUUUUGUACAGUAUUGGGUAAAUGUGAUUUUAAAAUUGUGUAUCUGUUAUUUGGUAGUAACUGUUUGAAUACUGAAGAUCAGGUAAAGAAAUCAAGACUAAUGUUUUGUGUUAUUCAACAGCUGUACUGCCCCAUUUCAUUAAAUGACAUUCCAAAUGUGCUUUCCAAACAUUCGUUCCUAAAAGAAUGUUUUGCUUCAAAAGCUUUCUUGUGUUCUGUGUUGACUUGAAAAGUCCGAUCUCCUGAUGUAAGUUUUUUGGUUUUCUUGUAGAGAAUCAUAAAGCUGGUGAAAUGAUGCAACCAUUUACUUAUACAUGUAGGAUGUAAUUCGUGUAGAUUCAUAUUUUAAAUUGUGGGUAUAUGUUGACAACAGUCUUGCCUGUAAAUACACUCCUAAUAAUAUAUCACUCUAUUCCUGUCAUAACAAAUAAAAUAUAAUUCA